GCCAUUGCCUAUUCCGAAUAUUUUUGGGGCAGAGUGGGGGGUACACGCUGGAUAACAGAGGGGAGGGGAGUGAUAAUUGCAAACCCACCCCUCUCCUCCUCUUCCCUCGUGGAGACAGUACAAUAGCCGGCAGACCAGCAGUUCGACUCCCCCUCUCCCCCCGUCCACGUCUCUAAACCACCCACCUACUCACUCAGGCAAAGUCUGUCUAGUUGCGUCCCUGUGCGCGGAGUAAGAACGCUUCAUUCCAGUGACUGGUACGCUGCGGAAAGCAUGGCUUGCCGGAAAGAUACGCUCUUGCUCGUCAUUUUGCUCUCUCUCGUGACUUUUUAUGUGCGGGCCAAGGUGGACAUUGACAUGGAUGACACCGUGUCUGUGUACAGGGGCGACCCGGCAGAUAUCCACUGUCGGUAUUCCUUCUCCGAGCAGCCCAGAAUGAUGAUGGUCCAGUGGUUUGUUAAAUACCCCAAUGGCACUAGGAUGAGGAUCUCUUACCGUGACCUGACCAUGGAGAAAGUGGACGAGGGUACAGACUACACGGAUCGGAUCACAGUGACCGGAGACAACAACAGCGAGAUCUUGACCCUUCACGCUGUGAGGCUGUCAGACGAGAGGGAGUUCUUCUGCCAGGUGAACGGCAUGGCCGCGGGAAAUGGCGAGAGGAAGACCCACCUCAUGGUUUUUGAUCCACCAGAGGCCCCAGUGAUUGAAGGAGUCCAUUCAGGGAUCUCUGUGUCUAGUCAUCUCCUCUCCAAGAUUGCAUCUUGUGAGGCCAGGAAAGGAUACCCCAAACCAAACAUAACAUGGUACCGCGAUGAGACCCCACUUAUCCCUAUAAAUGGAGAGAUCAAUGUGGUCACCUUGGUGACCCGGGAGGCCAGUGGUUUCUACACUGUGCAGAGCGAGCUUCAGUUCAAGGUCACCAAAGAGGACAAGGACGCGCACUUCUCCUGUAAGGUCAGCUACUUCGUGCCGGGAGAUGUCAGGACCUCUGCUUCGCAGCCCAUCAACAUCACUGUGCACUAUCCCACGACGAGCCUCGAGCUGUGGAGAGAACUGCCUACAGGCCUGGUCAAAGAGGGGGACACAGUGGAAAUCCGUUGCCAGGGUGACGGCAACCCCCCACCACCUUUCACUUUCAACCGUGAACAACAACCUGAGAUUGAGCUCGACUCCUCCAAUGGAAAUCUGGUUAUCCACGAUGUGACCCGAAGGGACGGUGGGGUUUACCAGUGCCGCACUCUGGAUCUGGACACAGAGGAGGACGUGGUGGGAAACAUGCAUCUCACUGUGCAUUAUCUCGACCCUGCCGUGGUGGUGCCGAAAGAUUCCGAGGUCAUGUCCAAAGGCGAGAGUCUUACAGCGACCUGCAAUGCUCUGUCAUCUCUCAACACCUCCACUGUGUGGAUCAAGAAUGACCGAGAGAUCGGCCGAGGGCACACCCUGCUUCUGGAGGACGCCACGUUUGACACGGCAGGAGAGUAUGUGUGUGAAGUCUCUGUGCUCUCCUUGCCAGAUCUGCAGACUACUGGUUCUGUUCAUAUCAUUGUUCAAGGUGCUCCUGAAAUACGGGAUGCGGAGAAUGAAGUAGAUAUGAAGGAAAACGCAGGCAAAUGGGUGAACUUAAGCUGCGAGGCCCGUGGCUACCCCAGACCAAUUAUUUCUUGGAGUAUUCAAGGAACCCAGAGCUGGCGUGAGGUGGUGAACAGGGUCACAGAUGACACUGUCCAAAGCUUGGUGACUCUCAAAGUCACGUCUGACAUAUCCGCCUUCUGCAAUGCCACAAACGACAUGGGCGUGGAGAGCAAGACAUACAACAUCAAAUCCAUCUCAAUGGUGACCCCAGCAGAAAGAUUUCAAGCUGAAGGUAGUGGCAUUAUCAUAGUGAUCAUCAUCAUCUGUAUCCUUCUGCUGGCCAUCCUGGGGAGUGUCCUUUACUUCCUCUACAAGAAAGGAAAGCUGCCCUGCGGACGAUCAGGCAAACAAGAAAUCACCACUGAGAAAACCAACAAGGAUGACAUUGUAGUCGAGAUGAAGGCUGAAAAAACAGAGGAGGCCGUUCUUCUCAAGGGUGUCAAUGGUGACAAAAAGCCCAUGAAUGAUCAGUAAAGUACAUUGACCUGCGCAAAUAACCUGGAUGAAAGUCAAGUGCCCAAGAUGCCAGCUGCAACCCUUGUGGGACCUUCCCGGUGUGGCAGCGCCCUCUGGCUCAGCCUUUGAAGGUUGUGUACGUACAGCAGCGAUUCCCUCUCACUUCCUUGGCUCGGUACAUCUCAUUGAUCAGCAGUAUUUCCGAUUGAACACAUUGGACCAAUUUGGACCCUCUCGAAAAGAUUUGAAUAAAAAAAAAACAAACAAGAAACCUUUUCUUCCCAAAAUACUUUUGCUAUCUUAUCUGCCAUCUUUGAAACAAAAUGAAUCAACAAUUAGGAGUUCUUUAUAAAGUGUAUAUAUUAUAUAUAUUUAGUUAUUUAAAAUAUUUUGACAUAAACCUUUCUGCUAAGAAAAACACAGUUCAUGAGGAAAACAGUGCACUCCUGUAGUCUAGUACAAUUUCACCAUUUUAGCGAGUGGGGAGGUGUUCUUCAUUUCUCCUCUCUGUACAGUCAUGCUACUUUUAAGGUUUCAGUACUAUUCUAGAAAUAACUGCCAAAGGUCCAAGCGGUCCUGUUCCUCUGUCUCUGACCUGGGCUUCUAUACUACUACUUGACAGACUGAAAUGGUGGCCACCAUACACCAACAGACCUCUCUGACACAUGCCAAAAGAUUGUAAAAAAAUAAAUAAAAAAGAAUAGGUUUGAUAUCAAAAACUGGUGAUGUGUAGUUUAAUGUCUUGCCACUGUACUCAUAGUUUUCAGCCCCACUGGUUUAUCAAAACUAUUUUUGUAUUAUUUCAAUGUGUAUUAUUAAUGUUGCUGUUCAUUUGUAUUAUUGAGAGCAGGUGUAGUUAAGUUGAAAAGUUGUUUUUUCUCCAAUAAGCCCUUAAUAAUUGAUCAUUUUUCCUAAUCACCUCACAUUUUAAGUAUACAUGUAGGUGAAUAUCAUCUGUGGUACAUUAAAUGUUUUCCGUUAUUGAAAUAUUACUGUUGAUCAGUGGUCACUAAUGGAAAUAUAUCAUAGCUCACAGUGACAGCAGAGCAAAGAGCCAACAGCCAACAUCUCUGCCUACAUGUUUAUGUUCAACCAUGGUGACUACAUCCCUAACACUGAUGAGUAUUUGCCAAAUCCUGUUUGUUUUGUGUUGCCAAAAAGAAAUGGCAGAACAUGGUGUUUCUUUCUUUUUAUUUGUAAAAGAAGAAAUCGGUCAUUGCAUUUGUAAUGUGUAGGGAAAUCUGGAAGUGUUUGCCCUUGACAAACUACUGCUAAGCUCUUGUAUUGUUUGUAAAUAGUAGCAAAAACCUGUAGCUGUUAUGUUCAACUGCAGUGGGGAGAGGCAUCCUCCUGCUGUUGCAUGAACUACAGUGCCUGCGGACACGUCUCCAUUUUAUGAAAUGUUUGUAACACUGAAACCUUUUGUCUUUGUAUGUUUAUGUGUGCGUGCAGGAGAGAGUGUAUGUGUGUAUGUGUGUGUGUGUGUGUGUGUGUAUGUGUGUGUCUGUGAUUGGUGAAGGGAAGUGGUAUAGUUACAGUCAUUGUUUUUAAAGCCGUACAGAAGCGGUAUUAAAAUAUACAUUACUGAUGAAUUGGUAAAAUCCUUUCCUGCUUGAUCCAAUAUUUUGAUUUCCUUUCAAAUCUACACGAGAUGCUGGUACUUUGUGUAUAUACAAGGGGAGAUUAUUCCUGUACAAUUUGAAGUACCUGAUUAAUGAUGAUAAUGCUUAUUUUCAAUUAGGGUUGCAAAAUUCCGGGAAUUUUCAAAGUUGGAAACUUUCCAUGGGAAUUAACGGGAAUAUACGGGAAUCAAGGGGAAUAAACGGGAAUUAAUAGGAAUAAACUGUGAAUUUUUAAUAU